UAAUCAUAGGCUUGCACAGAAAAGCUUAGCGGGAAAUCAAGUGCAAAGCUUUCAUAAAUUUUACCCGAGUUGAUACAUUCAAUUCUAUGAUGUCCGCUGGUUUCAGCUAUUUUGACAGAAACGUACCAUCGGUGGCUAUUCACAGUCUCUUCGACAAGUACGACACCAAACGAGAUGGGAAACUCGACGAGAAAGAAAUGAAAUUUUUCCUUGAGGAAAUAAUGGGAAUGGACCUACAUCAGUCGGAAAUAUACUUUUUCCUCCUAGACAAAGAUGGAGAUCUGGAGGUGUCAUAUGGAGAGUUCAAAGACUGGCUACGCAGCGGGGAAAGAUUUCAGCGAUUAGACAAUCACCCUAAGUUUGAACGUGUUUGCAGAGCAUUUCAGUAUUUCAAAUCGUUUGACACGGAUGACAGCGGUACUUUGGACAGGGAGCAGUUUGAAGCCAUGAUGAAAUAUCUCGGUUAUCACAACCAAGACAUGGACAAGGCUUUUGCCAAAAUGGACAUACAUAACAAUGGAAAAAUCUCCUUUUGGGAAUUCAUGAUUUGGUUGAACUGGGCACCAAUUGAGUAGUUCACGGUUGACCCGUUUACAAGCGAGUGACCCACCGAACCUCGCGUCUUACAACGAACUCGCGCAUAUCGCGCGCGACGACUUCGAACAAUUUUGACUUCCGUAUAGACAAGGAAAAUCAUUGCAGAAAAACGAUGAUCUUAAUUUACUACAUAGCAUGCUGAUGUUAUCAGGGGAAAAAGCUUUAUACUUGUACAAGGCGUAGGUCAAGUUUGUCGCCAGACAAUUUGAUUUUUCACUACUUAAACAAUCAGUAUGAAUUUGUAGGCGUAAACGAAAUAAAAAGUUGAUU